AUCGCCAUGUCUCUCCGCCACCCGAACAGACGAAUCGCGCAUUGGUCUCCGGGUUCAGAGUUUCGAAUGACUCUUUGUCUCCACGAGUGGCUGUGUUCCUAAAGUCUCACGACUUGCUUUUCCACGUACAAGGCAUUCGAAGACCGGCAUGGGUAACGCGAUUCGGAGAACCGUCACGAAGCCGUUCCGGUCAUUCAACGUCGAAAACCGGGCUCAGAGAGUACUUUCCCGGGAAAAACCGGUACAGGCGCCCCACUAUGAGACCGCGCAACAAGAUUUGCCCAAAGAAAUGCAAGAGCAAAUUCGCUCGAAGAUUGUCUCCAGAAGCGAUGCUCUCAACGAACGCCUGCGAGAUGUCCGAGUUGUCUCUGAUGGAGUUAAUCCCGAGAUAAAACGGAUUCAGGAAAAUCUUCCCAGGGACCGCUUCCCGAGUGCACUACCUGCAUACGGAUUCGUGGAACCGAAGAGCGUACCGAAAGGGAAACUCUCGCUCUCGCAGUCUAUAUCCUUGUUAGAGAAGCACUACAGCAACCCCGCAAAAUAUACAGCAGCUGAAGCCGCCAAGGAAUUUCACUUGGACGUACGGGACGCGGAACUCAUCAUAGAGUACUACAUGCCCUUGACGCUUAUGGAUCCGGAAAGCCCCGUAGACAUGGCUAAAUUAGGAGUGGAGACGAGGACAGAGUUGCAAAGCAUACCGGAGCACCCUGAUAUUGAACGCGAGGAAGAUCCGCAAACGGACAAGAAGCCCUAAGUUGCUGGAAUAAAGUCAGCGAAUAGCAGGUUUUUGGUAUGCACAUGGUUUUCCUCCGAUAGGCGGCUCACACGAGAUACUUCGAAGUUUCGGAGGGGGUUCUUGCUGGUUCGCGAGUACUCGAAUUGAGCUUCGCCUCAUUCGCCACACCAUCAUAUAAAACACUCGAUUUUCUACUUAUCCAUAAGAA